CCACGCCUAGUUCCGUGAGUGUAGUGGGUAGUGGUAGCAGCAGUGGUAGCAGGGCCCUCCCUCUGUCUCUGCAGAUAAAUACUCGCAGCCUGCCUAUUCCAGGCAUGGAUGACGGUUGCACUCAGACAUGGCACUGCGACAUUAUACUCUCGACUUUAAGCUCUCUACGGCAGCUGACUCUGCCUCGACAGUUCCUGGUCUGCUGUCCAUAUUUCAUGAGCAGGAAAUGACAGAGACUGUCCAUGACACAAAAGGGCAUGGAUACCUUGCUACUCUAGUAGGCAAGAAUGGCAGGUUUGCUAUUCUGCGUGUGCACUCCCAGGGGUUGGUCACCAUUGAUCUACAGUGUUAUGAAGAGGAUAACAUUUCACAACUAGACAAUCUUUUAAAUGCACUGGAAAAGAAGCUAAAGGUUCUCUUAAAUGGCAAUAUUACAAGGAUUAAAAAGCUCCCAGCCCUUGUACGAGGAGCAAAAGUUGACCGGUACUGGCCCACAACUGACGGCAGACUGGUUGAGUAUGACAUCGACCAGGUGGUGUACGAAGAAGAUUCUGCAUACCAAAACAUAAAAAUAUUGCACUCACAGCAGUAUGGAAAUAUCCUAGUACUCAAUGAUGACAUUAACAUGGCAGAAAGUGACUUGGCCUACACCCAAGCAAUCAUGGGUAGUGGAAAAGAGAAUUAUGCUGGAAAAGAGGUGCUGAUAUUGGGAGGAGGUGAUGGAGGAAUCCUUUCUGAGGUGGUCAAACAAAAGCCAAAGAUGAUCACCAUGUUGGAGAUUGACCAGAAGGUGAUAGACGGGUGCAAAACGUACAUGAGAAAAACUUGCGGCAAUAUCCUGGACAGCCUGAAGGGAGACUGUUACCAAAUAUUAGUUGAGGACUGCGUCCCUGUGCUGAAGAAGUAUGUCCAGGAAGGAAGGACGUUUGAUUACGUAAUUAAUGACCUCACUGCAAUCCCAAUAUCCACGGAUCCCGAAGAAGACUCGACAUGGGAGUUCCUGCGUCUCAUUUUAGAUCUGUCAAUAAAAGUCCUGCAUCCCUCUGGAAAAUAUUUCACACAGGGUAACAGUGCGAACAUGACAGAGGCACUGAGUCUAUAUGAGGAACAGCUGGGAAAGCUCUCAUGUCCCGUGGACUUCUCCAAAGAAGUGGUGUGUGUGCCCUCCUACUUGGAACUAUGGGUUUUCUACACCGUAUGGAAGAAGUAAAGAAAGAUCUCCAGUUUUAUCUGCUUGAAUCCCCAGCGGUUGGAAUGUUAAUACUCCUCCCAUUUCUGCUGUAGCCUUGAGGGUGUGUUCAGACUAAAUGUGACCAGAAAAUUAGAGGCAACACAAAAUUUGGAUAAAUUCAUAUAUAUCAUGUGGUGGGUAUAAAAUGUUUAAAAAAAAGAAACAAAAAAGAUUAACUCUAGUAAAGUAAUUUUGAAGUUCCUGCAAUGUAAAAUGAUUAGUUCAUACUUACACACGCUGACACAAACAUGCACACACACAACAGUCUUUGUUAUUAGCGACCCACAGCUGACUGAAAACAGCUGUACUGUAAUUGGCUGUUUUGUGGUUAUAACAAGCAUGUACUUGAAAACACUUGAGCAGUCAUAUUAGUGUGACUGAAUCUUUGUGUUCAGUCUGAACACAACUUGAAGGAGCUCUACGACAGUUUUAUUAUCACCUCUAUUAACCCCGUUCUACCCCGACCUCCCUUCUCGUUCUUCCUGUUUUAGUUUUUACCAUUAUUUGCUACAACUUUGCUACAAGUUGUAUUUUGUUUGCAUCACUUGAUUUUCAGAAUGUCCAUUUGCAUGUAGUCUGAAGCAACUGUUAUAUGUUUAAACAUUGCUUUGAUACACUGAUGUGGUGUAACCCCUCUUACAACGGGCGUGUGUUCUCUUGUUUUCUUUAGUUCGUUUUUCUUUACUUUGAGUUAUUAGCUCAGAUUGUGUGGUAGGGCAGUCUAUAGGCUCAGUACUGCUGGAUUGGAUUACUUUUUAAGCUCUGUUUUUGUUACUGCCUCUCAAAUGUGAUUUGAUUCUUUCAGGUUGUAUCAUGACAAUGUGUCCAGUCAGGCUGAGGUGUUAAGAGUCCAAAUGUGUUUUUAAAAGGGAAACAAUUGCACCACUGUAAUGCCACCUCUGUGCUUGUGCUGUUUGUAUGUCAUGUUUUAUUAGCACCUUUGGUUUCUCCUGAUUUAUUUUGUGUUUUUAAGAAUUUGAUGCAUGUAAAAGACAGGGGAAUGUAGCUUGCGUGUACAGUACACAGGACGUGUACGCGUGAUCAACCCUGUGGGACUGAGUUACAUUUAUUUAUUCAAUGUAAUUUCACCAAAUGCUGUUUUGUCCCACUUGAGAUUUUUGUGACCAUCUACAAUUAAAGUGUUUUUGGGGGAAAA